AUGCGUAUCUCAACGGUUGGCGUUGUAGCAUAUCUGUGCGCCAGUGUGCAGGCAUGGGAAGUCACCGCCUACGACAAUACCGCUUCCUGCAAUCCGGAUGACAACACCCGCUAUCGCAUCAUCAACGGGGCCUCCAGCCUGACGGGUUGCAUGACCUUUGACCAGGACAUGCCCGGCACGGGUUGCCGCGAGUACCGCAAUGGUGGCGCCACGAACGGCGGCUGCACCACGGGCUCGCUGAUCCCCCGCUCCCUCUUCAUGGAGUCCGGCCGCUGCGUGGCUUUCGACCAGCCCGGCUGCGUGGGGCGGUACGAGGAUGGAGGCGGCAAUUGGUGUACCUUCUUUGGGCGGGACGACUGGGGCCCCGUCAGAUCCUUCUGGUGCUCGGGUUCAAGGAGGAUGACGCUUGCGGUGGGAAAAGACACUGUCAGCUCGCUUCAUAGUCGGUGGGGCUUGUAG